UAAUUCCAUUAACAAACAAUAAUCACAUUUAUUUUGCUUCUUUGUUCACCAUCAUUAGCUUUCUUUUCUUAUCCUCUUUUCAAUCUCUCUCCUCCCUCAAAGACUUUCUUCUUCUUCCUUCUUUUUCAUCAAUAUUUUCAGGGAGAAUCUUUCACUCUUUCUCAUCCUUCUUACAUAGAUCCAAACUUAGUCUUGUAUAAGUCAUAACCAUUUUACUAUUUCUUAAAGAUUCAAUUUUUCUCAUCUUUUUUCUUUCUCUAUCUUCACUAUUGUAUCAUUUGCUGUGCCAAUUUUUGGGCAAUGUCAUUUGAUAGUUGAAAAUUUGGUUCAUAUACCCAGUAAGAAUUGUAGUUGUUGAAUUUGAGUUUUAGGGUUUUUCUUUCUUUUCCCCCCUUUUUAUAGUAUUAUGCUGCCCCCUUUUUUCAACUCUUUAUUCCAGCUGGAUCUAAUUAGAUGGGUAUUUGUUUUUUCUAAAAUAUAAACUGGGUUUUCUUCAAUUUGAGGAAAUAUUGAAGUUUUCUCUUAGAAUUUGUCAAAAACUGAAGUUUUCUUCCUGUAUUUUAGCUGUACAAAUUUUAGUAGUUUUUUUUGGUAAAAAUUAGUUGAUCCAAGGGGUCUUUUUUUUCCUCUUAUCAUUCCCUUUUAGAGGGAAGUUUUACUUGUAAAGAAAGUGAUAGUUCAGUUCUAUAAAAAUUUUAUUUUUAGAAAUUUUAUUUACUUUCCUCUAAAUUUUAGUGGGGGGCAAUUUUCAGUUUAAUUUUGAAAAAAAAAAUCAUUUGGGUUCUAAAAUUGAGUUAAAAUAGCUGAAGUUUUGAGAAGUGCUUAAUUAUGGAUCUUGUCAUUGGUGGGAAGUUUAAGCUUGGUCGUAAGAUUGGAAGUGGUUCAUUUGGAGAGCUCUAUUUAGGUAUCAAUGUACAGAAUGGUGAGGAAGUUGCUGUUAAGCUGGAAUCUACUAAGACAAAGCACCCGCAACUGCAUUAUGAGUCGAAAUUGUACAUGCUUCUUCAAGGAGGCACUGGUAUUUCCCAUCUCAAAUGGUUCGGAGUAGAAGGUGAAUACAAUGUUAUGGUUAUUGAUCUUCUUGGUCCCAGCCUGGAGGAUUUGUUUAACUAUUGCAGCCGCAAGUUUUCGUUGAAGACAGUUUUAAUGCUUGCUGAUCAAAUGAUUAAUAGAGUUGAGUACAUGCACUCGAGAGGUUUUCUUCACCGUGAUAUAAAACCAGACAACUUUUUAAUGGGUCUUGGACGGAAGGCAAAUCAGGUUUAUGUCAUCGAUUUUGGCCUUGCGAAAAAGUAUCGAGAUCUUCAAACACAUAAACAUAUACCUUAUAGAGAAAACAAGAACCUCACCGGAACUGCUCGAUAUGCCAGUGUCAAUACACAUCUUGGCGUUGAACAAAGCAGAAGAGAUGAUCUAGAGUCCCUCGGCUAUGUGCUCAUGUAUUUUUUGAGGGGAAGCCUUCCAUGGCAAGGCUUGAAAGCUGGAACUAAGAAGCAGAAGUACGACAAAAUUAGUGAAAAGAAAAUGGUUACACCCAUAGAGGUUCUUUGCAAAAAUCAUCCCUCGGAAUUCACAUCAUACUUCCACUAUUGUCGUUCAUUACGAUUCGAUGACAAGCCUGAUUACUCUUAUCUUAAAAGAUUAUUCCGGGACCUUUUCAUUCGGGAAGGUUACCAAUUUGACUAUGUAUUUGACUGGACGAUAUUGAAACAUCCGCAAAUAGGUUCCAGCUCCAAACCACGGCCAAUGGUGAAACCCAUGUUGAAUCCUGGAACUUCUGCUGAAAGGACCGAGAGGAUAUCAGUUGGACAAGAAAUCAGGGAUAGAUUUUCGGGUGCAGUUGAAGCGUUUACUAGAAGAAAUAAUCCUGGAUCGGGUUCACAAAGUGAUCCACGUCAUAGGUCAGAUGAUCCGUCAUCUAAGGAUAUGCAUGCUGAUCGUGAAAGAGGUCGUACUUCUCGAAAUGGGAGUACUUCAAAGAGAGCAAUUGCAUCAUCAAGUAGGCCAGGCUCAUCUGGUGAGCCAAGUGAUAGUCGAACAAGCAGGCUACACUCGACCAGUGGUCGUAUGUCUACCACCCAGAGGAUUCAACCUAGUUUUGAGUCAAAAACUUCUACUGUUGCUCGGAGUGCUGCUGUUAGACCAGGACGAGAUGAUGCCCUAAGGAGCUUCGAGUUCCUAUCUAUUGGCACCGGGAGGAGAAAGUAAGAAACAAGAACACGUUGAACUUUUCUUUUUGGUGGGUUUGCUACCAGGAGAGAUCAACUACAAGAUCUGCCUUCUCUUAAUAAGGUUUUUCACAUGGGUUUUCUAAGAACAUGUAAAUGAUGAAGUUCGUAACCCGACACUCGAAAAACGCUUAAUGGAUCCAUUUCCUUAUAAUGAUUGUGCUCUUCCAGAUACUUCCGCCAUCAAAUGGCCCCGCCCAAUAAACCUACUAUUUACUCCCUUUAUCCCGUUUAAGUUUGCUACUAAACAUUUAUAAAUUCAAAGGAACAGAGAAGUAUUAUUUUAUUUUAUAGGGAGUUAAUGAAGGAGAUCAAUUUAGGAAAUUGUCUAUAUGUUGAGACUUUGGACCAUGAUGUGUGUAAUGAUCGACUACUUCGGCUUACUCCUUAAACAUACGGAUAAAUCCUUUGUAGGCCCAAGUGUUUUUUUAUUAGUUUUUUUUUUGUUUGUUUGGGAAUCUAUGAGUGUUAAGUGUUAA